AUGACGUCACUGGAGCUCGAGUGCCACUUCGCCUACACCGACCCUCUGCCUCCCCCAGUGCACACCUUCCCCUCACUGCGAUCUCUCUCCCUCCUCUUCGUGCCUGCGCACCACCGCUGCAUCGCCCUCUGCUCCUCGCUCACCUCGCUCGCCCUCUGGCACCCCGACGCUUUCGCCCUCCACUCCCUCGCAUCCCCCUCCACCCCUCUCCACCGCUCCCUCACCUCCCUCACCAUCCACAAUGCCUGGCUGGAAACCGCCCUCACGCCCCUCACCUCUUUCUCUCGCCUCGCCUCUCUCUCCUUCCUCUCCUGCACCAUCGAUCCCUGCGACCUGCACGCGCUCGCUCGCUCGCUGCACACGCUCACCCAUCUGGCGGUCCACGACUGCCCCAUGAUUCCCAGCCACUCCCUCGCAGCGCUCGCUGAAAGCAACCCCGCGCUCGCCUCCCUCUCCCUACACUCCACCUCCCACUUCCUCUUCAUCGCACGCAGCCUUCGGGAUCUCUUCCUCUCCUCCUCCUCCCGCCUGCACACCCUCACUCUCUCCGGGCUGCCCUCGUACCGCCCGGGCAUGCUUGCACGCUGCAGCAGCCUGCAGUGUCUGACGCUGAGAGGAAGGGAGGCGGCGAGGGGGACUAUCCUGCCGUCUGAGUCGCCACAGAAGCCGUCUCUGGAUUGCAUUGUGGCCAUGCUGGUGCGCGUGGAGCAGUUGGGGGCUCCUGAAGGACCGGAGGGAGGCGGCGAUGGAGUGGAGAGGUGGAAAGGGGCGAUGGUUGGGGAAGCAGCAGCAGCAGCAGCAGCAGCAGCAGGGGAAGCAGAAACAGAAGAUGAAGAAGCAGCAGCAGGGCGUGCUGAGUUUGUGGCAGCAAUGGACAACUGGAUGGCGCUCACCGAGACGUCCAAGUGGAAGCUCAAGAAGGCCGCCACAGAGGCGCUGCGCUGGCGCCGCUUGCACCACGGGGUGGGGGCUCUCGAUUUCAUCUCCCAGGCUGUCGUUCAGGUGCGCUCCGCCAUCCUGGUGUGCCGCUGCGUGCGCCUGGCUAAGGCCGAAAUGAAAGGCUGGAGUGCACGCGAGGCGGCACUUGCAAAGGCCUGUCGUGCUGCCGAGGCCGCAGGCGUCUUCACUGCUGCUGUGGAGGAGGAAGUGGAGGAGGAAGUGGGGGUGGAGCCGGAGAGGGAUGACGAGGAGGGGAGGGGAGGGCAAGGGAUUGAUGUGGAGGAGGUGGUGCGAUACAUGCCCGAGGAUGACCUGGAAGAUGAUCUGGCGGCCGUGAGUGAGAAGCUGCUGGCGUGGGUGGUGGUGCCGCGAGCCGACGCACGGGAGCUGCUGCACGCGCUGAUGGAGCUGGUGCUGCUGGAGAUGGAGGACAUGGGCGCCCGCUUUGAGAUCCAUGAUCCUGCACAGCCCCACCCCGCAAUACUGCCCGGACUGGCAAUAGUUCCCACCUUUGAGUCGUUAGCACGAGCUGCUGUGUGUGGAAGGCUCAAGAGCCUGGCUCUCUUGAACUGCUGUGGGCUGGAGGAGGGGCAGCUGGUGGAGCUGCUUCGUGCAUGUGGCAUGCUGGAGGAUCUAAGGGUGCAAGGCUGUGAUGGCUUCUCAGGCAGCGUGAUAGCAGGAAGUCGACUGGAGGUGUUAAAUCGGUUGAGUGUGGUGGGUUGCGGUGGAAUCACUGCUGAUGCUAUUGGCAGGCUGCUGGGGAACGUGCCAAGGCUGCAAUAUUUGGAGGUGGAAGGGGACAAGGUUUCUGAAAGGGCUCGCCGGGAGUUGCUUCGAACAUGCAUCGAAAUUCAUGCGGUCCGUGCUUACCCUUUCCUUAUGAACACUCGUUUCGAGUCUUUAUCCUCCAUUACCACACCUGUCUCCCCCUCUCCUUACCCCUCCCCUUCCCCUCCACUUCCCCCUCCCCCUUUCUCCCCGUCGCUCCCGCGUCUUCCUCCCCUUCGACUCCCCCACCCUACCCCUCCUUUCCCCCAGGUCCUGCGGGUUCGUUUCCGUGAGAUGCUCUUCGAAACACCACAAACCGAUUGCUCUCCUGCCAUCCCCGUCUUCCUCUCCCCUUCCUCCUUUCCCCCUUCCCCCCUUUUCCUUUCGCCCUUCCCUUUCCCGCCUUCCUCCGUUCCCCCUUUCCCCCUUCCCCCACGGCCCAACCGCUCUCCUGCGCGGACCGCGAACCCCUCCGCGUGCUCGCCUCCGACCGACGAUGCGCGGCGACGGGCAACCUAUCCACCAAUCGCAACGCUCCGUGGGGGCGGUUCGUCCGUGGGGUCAUCACACCGAACCAAUCGUGGCGGCUUCAGACGCGGUGGAGUCGCAGGUGCGAUCACGGUUCAGUCGCAUGCCACGUGGCAUCGCUGGUGCGAUAAGGUGCGCAAGCCCAUCAAGUACACGGUGGGGCUGGCGCGGACCAAGUCGCCGUGGACGUGGGGCAUCUCCACCAUCGAGCCGCCCAUGAAGAUCUACGUCGGCGACACGCUCGAGUUCAAGUGGGCGAGCCCCAACACGGUGGACGACGUGGUGCAGCUGUUCUCCAAGGCAUCAUGGACCAGCUGUGCCCUCGCGAGCAAGUCGGAGCGCCUGGCAGCGCAGGCGAAGAAGGGCACGGUGGCGUACAAGAUCCCUGACAAGUACCGCGGCAUGUGGGUCUACUUCGCUAGCUCCGCUGGGAUCGACUGCGCCAAGGGGCAAAAGUUCAAGGUGUUUGUUAACAAGUUGGAUUCGAAGGCGCCUACCCACGUGGACCCACUUGAAAGAGGCAGAUCCAAGCUGUACAUUUAUGUUGACCUGUUGUGCUUGAGUAGGAUGAUGCGCACUUUAUUACGGUUUGGUUGGAUCACCACACCACCUUGA